UUUAAGAAUAAAUUUUGAACUGCUUAUGAAUCGAAGAAGAAAUGAAAUGAUUUUUUAUUGGCGAAUUUUACAGUUACAAGUGUUUCUGGUAGCUGCAAUGGUCGGAGCCCAGAGUAACAACACGGUUUCAGUUACUUACAGCGACUGCGAGCUCAAGAUCUAUGGGUGUACCAAACUUGUGCGGCCCAUGCUCAAUGAGGUGCGGUACAUGUUCCCCACCACACUCAGUGAUGUCGAUACCAUGUGCAAGAUGUGGAGUCGAUUCGUCGACUGUGUUCGUCGUUUCAUGUCUUCCUGUUCCACGGAAGAUCAACGUACCAAAUUCAACAAGGCUGUCAGCCACUCCAUGGACACGGUGCAUGCCAUCUGCAGUUCGGACAGACACCAGAAAGACUACUUGGAGAGUGCUCACUGCUUUCGCCGCGUUUCUGUCCACAGCUGCGGCCGAUACUAUAGACCUCUCGUGGCUCAAGUCGCUAACAGAGAAGCCGAGGACAUUCAUAUAUGCUGUGCUUAUGGCCAAUUCAAGAGCUGCGUUAGUGCACCGUUGCUGAGAAACUGCGGCAUCAAGGUUCAUGCUUUGUUGGAUCAUUCGCUGUCAUAUCUCGUCAGCAGGUGUAGCAACACAUUCUAUCCGCUUUCUUACACUUGUCCAACUGCUCCUCCAGCACCUCCAAUGACAUCAGUAAUAACUACAACUCCUCUGCCGCCUCCACCUUCGACAGAGCCAUUGCCCUCCACAACUAUUGACUCCACCACAAGCUUGGUGAGCAAACCCAGGACAAUCAUCUACACCUUGCCACCUACACCAGGCAGUAGAAUCUCUUCAGCAAUCGCCAGGACAGCAGGAUUUCUGACAAUUACAUUGUUUUUGUUGUCUAUGAUUUGGAUCCAUCUUCACAGCUGAUGUACAUAAGAAUCAUACACUACCUCAUAUUUGGACACAUUGAUAAGGAUAAAAAUGCAUUAUUUAACCUCUCAUUAAUUCAUAUUCAAUAAUUUUCAUCUUUAAAAGGUUUCGUUCAAUGGAAUGGGUAUAAAAUCUAUUCUAUACGCUAACCUCAUUUUGAUCAUUUUUCUUUUAUACCUAUAAUAAAUAAUCCUAAAGAGAAUGCAUAUGAUUGCAAGAAAAAUUCAAACUAUAAUGUGCGAAAACAACAAACAAAUGUAGAUUGCAAGAUGUUCCGAUUAAAAAAGGGGACUUGUAUAUUUGUGAGAAUUAUAUUGUAAAGUUCUCAAAUACUUCAUAUUGUACAGUGUAAUAAUGUACUGUGAUGUAUCAGAGUUAUGCAAAAUAAUUGCAUCAGAAGAAAUAUAACUUCCUCGAAAAUAAUGAAAAAUUUGAACAUAAUACAAAAGGAAGCUUAAAAUUUUGUUUUGUAAUAACUGGCGUAUGGGAUUUUUCUUGGUCAUACAUGAGGUAAUCUAUUUCAAUAUUAUGUAAAGCUUUCAAUAUGCUUAUUCUUAGUUCAUUCACAAUUGCACCAAAAGGAGGCGUUAAGACAAAGACUAUAACAUAUCCCAAUGCAAUGAAGACAUAAGAAAUAAUUUCAAAAGAUUUAAGUAGCUCCAUGUAGAACUUGCUAAAGAUUAUCAAAUGUACAUGUUUAACUGCGAACAUACUUCACAAACCCAGGCUUGAAUUGAACUAAUAGAUAAAUACUGACCAUACAAUAAAAAAGAAUCACUUAGAGCAAUUAUUACAAAUGCAAACGGAAGUUUCUUCCAGUUUUGGUUUAAAUUUUUUCAACUUAUCAUUAUUUUCGAGGAAGUUAUAUCGAUUCGUAAUCAAUGAAACUGAUUAUACUAAUCCUAUGUAUUUGGCUACUUUUGUAUAAAUUAUUCAUUUCAUACAUUCUACUAAGACAGAUUG